CACAUGGUGAAGGGUCAAGAAUCAACCCUUCCCACCAUCCUCUGGCAGCUACAUGAGCACUGUGGUGUGCACACACAAAAUAAGAAGGGGUCAGAGUUAAUGAGUGGACUUCGGACUUGAAAGACAGUUAAAACUCCAGGCAGCGAAGGAGAGGACACAUUUCCUCCUUGGAUUAUCAAGCAAGAGCAGCUACCAUGAAAGGCUUCCUGCUUCUCUCUCUCAGUCUCCUUUUGGUGACCGUGGGUAGUUCAUCUCAGGCCUCUAGUACAACAUCGUCUUCUGGUGGCACCAGUCCUCCCACCACAGUACAAAGUCAAUCUCCAGGUAGUUCAUCUCAGGCCUCUACUACAACAUCGUCUUCUGGUGGCGCCAGUCCUCCCACCACGGUACAGAGUCAAUCUCCAGGUAGUUCAUCUCAGGCCUCUACUACAACAUCGUCUUCUGGUGGCGCCAGUCCUCCCACCACGGUACAGAGUCAAUCUCCAGGUAGUUCAUCUCAGGCCUCUACUACAACAUCGUCUUCUGGUGGCGCCAGUCCUCCCACCACGGUACAGAGUCAAUCUCCAGGUAGUUCAUCUCAGGCCUCUACUACAACAUCGUCUUCUGGUGGCGCCAGUCCUCCCACCACGGUACAGAGUCAAUCUCCAGGUAGUUCAUCUCAGGCCUCUACUACAACAUCGUCUUCUGGUGGCGCCAGUCCUCCCACCACGGUACAGAGUCAAUCUCCAGGUAGUUCAUCUCAGGUCUCUACUACAACAUCGUCUUCUGGUGGCGCCAGUCCUCCCACCACGGUACAGAGUCAAUCUCCAGGUAGUUCAUCUCAGCCCGGACCAACUCAGCCUUCUGGUGGUGCCAGCUCUUCCACCGUGCCUAGCGGUGGAAGCACAGGUCCCAGUGAUCUCUGCAACCCUAACCCCUGUAAAGGAACUGCUUCUUGUGUUAAGCUGCAUAGCAAACACUUCUGCUUGUGUUUAGAAGGCUAUUACUACAACUCGUCUCUGUCGUCAUGUGUGAAAGGAACGACAUUCCCUGGGGACAUUAGCAUGAGUGUGUCUGAAACAGCCAACUUGGAAGAUGAAAACUCUGUGGGCUAUCAAGAGUUGUACAACAGUGUUACCGAUUUUUUUGAAACAACAUUUAAUAAGACUGACUAUGGACAGACUGUAAUUAUUAAAGUGAGCACAGCCCCUUCACGGUCAGCAAGAUCUGCAAUGCGUGAUGCUACAAAGGACGUCAGUGUAUCCGUAGUAAAUAUAUUUGGAGCAGACACAAAAGAAACUGAAAAGAGUGUAUCUUCUGCAAUCGAAACUGCAAUUAAGACUAGUGGCAAUGUGAAAGACUAUGUCAGUAUAAAUUUGUGUGAUCAUUAUGGUUGUGUAGGGAAUGACAGCAGUAAAUGCCAGGACAUUUUACAAUGCACGUGCAAACCUGGGCUGGACAGGCUGAACCCACAGGUUCCUUUUUGUGUUGCUGUAACGUGCUCUCAGCCCUGCAAUGCAGAGGAGAAGGAGCAGUGCUUAAAGAUGGAUAACGGAGUAAUGGAUUGUGUGUGCAUGCCGGGCUACCAGAGGGCAAACGGGAACAGGAAGUGUGAAGAGUGUCCAUUUGGCUACAGCGGGAUGAAUUGCAAAGACCAAUUUCAGCUGAUCCUCACCAUCGUGGGCACCAUUGCUGGAGCCCUCAUCCUCAUCUUGCUGAUUGCUUUUAUCGUCUCUGCGAGGUCAAAGAACAAAAAGAAGGAUGGAGAAGAGCAGAGGCUGAUUGAGGAUGACUUCCAUAACCUACGACUGAGGCAGACCGGCUUCUCCAACUUAGGAGCGGACAACAGCAUCUUCCCCAAAGUCAGAACAGGGGUCCCGAGUCAGACCCCUAAUCCCUACGCAAACCAGCGAAGCAUGCCUCGCCCUGACUACUAGAAUGAUAAGAAUUUGGAACCCUCCCUAGCCCAGCCCACCCAAGCUACGGUCUUAAGGACAAGGAGAAAUGGGCAGAGACAAAGUUUGACCUCCAGCAUUCCUCUGCGUGGUUUGCCAACCCCUCUGGGUGUGGACCUGUGUGAAGACCGAAGCUUGCCGAAGACACACCUAUCAAAUUAAAUGCGCAUAGACCCUAUGAGCCUUUGUAAGAGUUGAUUUUCUCCAGUUAGUACAGAAUGCUAUGGCAAUUGGUGUGGGGCUUUUCUUUCCUGGUGGGUCAACUCUUAGCGUUUCCAAUCUUAGAGGGAGCACCCUCAUAACUCAUCCCUGAGCAGUGCCACUCCUGAGCUCUGGACUCUGGCCACUCUUGAACAGCUAGCUGCUUGUGAUAGGGCCUCACCCCAAGAGGACAGGCAAGAGAUGGAAGCAUGUCCCAGCUUUCUCAGGAGGACUUUGGGGACCCAGGCAAAUGACAAUAAGAAGGCUUGGACUGGCUCUGUCCUCUGUGGGGACAUUCAAGUCUUUGAGAUGUUAGUUGGUAGGAAAGCAGGGAGGAGAAACAGGAGCAUAGGAGGUAGAGAGAGGCCAAGGAAGCUAUGCCGGAAGGCUGAGGGAGGGAGAAGGUAGCAGGUGGCGUCUUCUCCCUUGAUGAUGUCCCUCCUCAGGCAGCAAAUGGGUACUCUCCGGUGCUGCCAUCCCCAAGACAUAGAUCCUGGGAAAGCCACAAAAGCAGCAGUCAGUGUGAAGCCCCUGUGACAGCACAGGCCUUCUAUCUGGAACUCUGACAGAGGAGCCUGGUGUCCACUCAAUGAUGCUUCACUGAACCUCUGCUCCAUGAUGGAGGCUUAGCAGUGGCCACACACACACACACACACACACACACACACACACACACACACGAUAAAUAUAAAUACAUCCAUCAUCUGUCUUUUUAAAUGUUAAUUGUGCCCUCGUGUCUGUCUGACGUCUGGUCCUCUCGAAAGGUAUUUUUGUUAUUAUUUGUUCUUAAUUGUUCAUUGUGGAAGGCAAUGCUUUAAUAAAAUAUAUUUGGUG